AUGGGAGCAAAUUCAGGCGAUCUCUCAAAAACAAAUAUUAAUUCUGAUUCUUAUCAAUUUGUUCAUUCGAUAAAGGAAAAGAAAUAAAAACAUCAAAAUGUAGCUGUAUCAUUUAAUUACAAUUCUUCAAUCCUAUUAGUAAAUUAAGUGUUAGGAUUUCGAAUUUUCUCGAUUAAAUCAUAAAAUUUAAAGUAGUUAGUUUAAAUCAAAAAUCCAAACUACAAUUCAACCAUUUAGUGCUUCAAGAAAUCGAAUAAUUUUGUGACAGGAAACUUUAUGAAACAAAUAAUAACCUAAUCUCUAAUUGCCAUAAAUAAUAACAAAAUCAUUUCUAAAAGUAUUAUUCCUAUACAGGUAAAUUGUUUAAUAUUAAAUAAUGCUGAAAAUUAAAUAAUAGCAGGAGGAUAUUAGAAAAUAGUGAUUUUAAAUAUUCAGAAUGGAUUGAGUGUUCAUUAAGAAUUUUAGAUUCAUGAUAAUUGGAUUACAAAUUUAAGUAUUAGUGAAUUUGAUACCUAUUUGGCAAUUGAUUUAGAUGAGAAUUGCAUUUUGAUAAUGGAAUAGUGUGUAAAAGAUACUUAAAAAAUAUGGAUAUAGAAAUGA